AUGAUAGGCCAAGCAUUGUGGGUUGUGCUCAUGUUCCUAAAAGGAUUAAAUCCAUCUGAAGCUUGCCCAAAUCUAACAUUGCGUGGGUCUGAUACAAAGUCUAGGUGUUACACAUCGAAUGAGUUCCAUGUUUUACCAUCUACCGGAUGCCUUAAUACCUGGCUUUUGAGCUCCCGUGUGCGUGCCACCUCGUGCAAAGCUUUGGCACUCAUGGCUUUGGCAUGCUCCAAUGCCUCUGCCUAUGACCCUGCUCCGCUGCAAGACUUCUGUGUUGCAAUCAAAGAGAAAAAAAGAAAGGGGGUAUUUGUGAAUGAAAAGUUCUGCAAGGACCCAAAACUUGUCAAUGCCAAUGAUUUUUCCUUCAAGGGGCUAAACAUUCUUAGAAGCACUUUAAAUCCACUUGGGUCAAAUGUCACUCUGUUGAAUGUAGACCAAAAACCUAGCCUCAACACACUAGGCAUAUCUUUAGCUCGCUUAGACUUUGCACCAUACAGUGUAAAUCCACCCCACACCCAUCCUCGUGCCACUGAGAUUUUAGUAGUCGUAGAGGAUACUCUAUACGUCGUUGGCUUUGUUACAUCCAACCCAGAUAAUCGCCUCUUCACCAAAACUCUAUACACUGGAGACGUCUUCUUCUUUUCCAUUGGUCUCUUUCACUUUCAGUUUAAUGUGGGAAAGACCAAUAUUGUUGCUUUUGCGGGACUUAGCAACCAGAAUCCUGGGCUCACCAUUGCAAAGGCUGUCUUUGGAUCCAAUCCUCUUAUCAAUCCGGAUGUUCUCACCAAGGCCUUCCAAGUGGACAAGAAAGUGAUUGAUUAUCUGGAGAAACAGUUCAAUUAG